AUGAGUUCAUUUAUCAGUGAUUACUCGCAAAAACACACUUUUGAUGAUUACGUGAAGAUACUUAAACAACUUCUUGGUUCCAAUACAGAAACUUUGAACGAACACUGGGGUGUGAUAUGGGCUUCUUUGAGCACGUUACUUGAAAUGACUUUAGGAACACUUGCUUCUGGAAAAUUGAAAAUUGCGAGUGAAGACAGUGAGAUUCUUAAAGGUGAAUUUAUUCAACAGUUACACAUCAUCGAUUUAUCGGAAGAAGCGAACAUUCAUUUUAAUUACGCGUUGGACAAAACGAAAAUUUUUGAGAACAAAGAUUUUAUGAAAAUCUCGCAAAAUCAGAGUUUUUCAAUCAAUCGAUUUAACAUUCUUUCGAGAGCCCAUAAAGAAGAAAUCGGACAAUUGAUACAAACACAUUCCCCUAUCACUUACACUUUUAUGAUUAAAACAGACGGAGAAAACGCUACCGUAUUACACUUUAUCUAUUUACCAAUAUUAAGAUUAAUGAAACAGUCGGCAUCACCAUAUUACUUAAUAUGUUUGACUUUGGUAUUACCACUCCCAAAAGAAAAGAUAUCUGAAAAUAUUGAGUUCAAAGAUCCUCAAGAUGAAAAAUCCGAAAAAAAUCUGGAAAAAACUGACACGAAAAGUGAUGAAACGCAGAACGAGAAAGAAGCCAAAAGUGGGGAAGAACCUUUUGAAAUAAAAGGCGAAAAAAAAGAAGAAGAAACUAUCGACCCUGUUGAGGAAGGGAUCAGAAAGGUAUUUGAAAAGCAAAACACCAACCAUGACACAAUGAUUCAAUUCGAGGCAGUUAAAGGGUUGUCAAUAUAUAGACACACUUUGGAACUAUUGACUGACUCCAUCAAUUUAAUGAUAUACAAUGCAACACUUGAUGUGUUUAAGUAUAUCACUAUACAGAACUUCCAACCAGAAAAGGCAAAAAAGUUGGCGAAGGAUAAUAUGAAUAACACAAUUCUUAAUAUCACAGAAUGCUUUUCUCAUGCUGUUAAAUGCUUGAUAUUCCCUUCCGAAUUUUCUGUCGUUACGGCGUUGCCACAAGUUUUGUCGCCAAAAGAUGAAAAAGACGGUAAAAAGGAGAAGAAAGAAAAAAAACCGGAAAUGCCGUUUAACGCCAAAUUCCUCUCAAUGGUAUUAACAGCACAUUUAGAAACAUACUUCACCAUUGUGUUGGUCAACACACAGUCAAACAUCAACUUUUUCCACACGAUUUUUUCGGCUCUAAACCCGCCCAACUUUUCUACAACAACAAAUAUUCCAUUCACUUCGUUUCCGUUCUUUUUACCCAAGAAAAACAUGUUUUUGCGAACUAUAUACAUAACAGAGCUCGAACAAAACUCGCUCUAUGAUAUUCCUCUGCCUUAUUGUGUUGUUAAUUGUCUUUCAAUGCAGGUGGCUGUCUCGAAGAGUGUGUCAACAUUUGAGCACUUUUCUUAUAGAGCGACUGCCCACAUUGUGAGGGCAGCAAAGAUAUUGCACUGCCAAAUUCCCAUUGCUACUUUACCACCAGAAAGGAGUAUUCGAAUGUUACAAAGAUGUCCAACAACAGAAAUCAUCUCGAACAGAAUCCUGAACUAUUACUUCUCAGGAAAACAACAUUUGUGUUAUAUUGAAUUGUCCAAGUUCAUCGAGUACUACCAACAGAAAGCUCGGAUUGUGUUGUCUGUUGUGAAGAGUGGAGGUGUUCUUGCAGACAUAUUAACAGAGCUUGAAGACAUUUUUGUGUGCAACGAAGCCGAUGAGAUGAUGCUUAUCUUAAGUUUUUUGAAAAGCGACUUAGCUUUGACUGCGAGGUUCUUUGCGUUGAUUGAGAAGAGAGUGCGUAUAGAUUACUAA